GGUCGCGUCGUGCCCCUAGCCCGUCUCGCAGCCUUCAAGCAGCGUCUCCUACCGCGACUGCGCAGGGGCAUCGAUCAGCGAGUGCUCAUCUACGUGCCAGACUACUUUGAUCUGGAGGAACUGAGGAACCUGUUGCGCGAGGAGUCUCUUUCCUUCUGUCACGUGCACGAGUACCUCCCCGACAAUGAGGCUGAGCGUUACCGAAACUUGUUUGAUCAGGGUCGGAUCCGCAUCAUGCUUAUCAGCGAGCGGUACUACUUCUUCCGAAGGUAUGUCUGCCAUCUCCCACGAUGCAGCCGUCAAUUUUUUUCAGGAUUUGCGCUUUUCAAUACGCUAUAUCCUGUUUUUAAAGUGCACCUACUAUUUUUAGAAGUUAUUAGGCAGGUAAUUGGUGGAAACACCUGUUGA